AUGUCGUAUCAGCAACGUAGUGCUGCGGAACUUCGGGGACACAGCGAUAGCGCUGGACGUCGUGCCAAGUCUGUUGACGAACUCUUUGAGGACGUUGACCAUGAUGGCGAGAUGUACACUGGUGAAGGUGCCGAGAUCACUGACGAUGACGACCCUCACCAUCAUUCUCCAAGUAAGAAACAUGCGCCUGGUGUCACUCCGAUAUGUUUGCAAUUAUUGAUUCGCCAAUUAGACCAAGCACUGAGUCCACCUCACAUCCCCCGCAGCGAAUCCCCACUCUUCGAGCCUGAGUCCGAGGACGACCCUCUCCUCGACGCUGCAAUGGCAUCCUUGUCCGAAGCUGGCCGCUCCUCUCCCCUGCCCUAUACCGCGACCCUCGACGGCCUCAAGCGUGCCCGUGACAUCAAGCAUCAGAUCGAAAAGAAUCUUAACAUCUUGGGACGCAAGAGCAUGCGUGUCCGUACCCGCACCGUCGAAGAGGACCCUGACAAUCAGACCAUCAAGACAAUGCGCGCGGAGCACCACAUGUCAUGGCAGGCAAUCGUCACGCACCUCAACAACGAGCGCUUGAAGCGUGGCGAGCCCCAGACCUGGACAUCGGCGGCAGUGUACUCACGCUUUGUGCGGAAUGCGCCUCGCAUUGCGGCUGCGCAGGGCGAGAUUGGGUUCUCUCCUCAGGAUUACAUGCACCUCCGCAAGCCCGAGUCCCACCCAGCCGCUCAACUCCCCGGCGCCCUCAACAAGCCCUCAGGCUACAAGUUCGGCGCAGGCGGAGGCCGCAAGCGCGUCCGCGAUACUGAGCACGCCGCCCAAGAUCUCGCCGACAACUUGCGCCACAAGUGCGCUGACACGCUCAGCGAGCAAGCAAAGAUGCUCGAGCAUAGCGACAUGACUGGGUUGAUGAUGGAGGCGGUCGCCACGGUGGAGCAGGAGUUCUGGGGCACGGUGGCGAAUGCGUUGGAGAAGAAGACGGGAAAGUACUUCGAUCCGAAGGUGUUGGAGAGUCGUUAUCACUCUGUUAAGUGGUAA